CUCAUUUGCAUAAAGGAGGUUAUAUAAAAGCAGCUGCAGCGCUUCUCUGUCACACUCAAGGCUGCUUCUGCGAGGACUGUUUCUGCUAGUGUGCUGUGUGUUGUUGAUCAAUUUACAAAAUGUCUGACAAACCAGAUAUGACUGAGAUUGAGAAAUUUGAUAAGUGCAAGCUGAAGAAAACAGAAACGCAAGAGAAAAACCCACUUCCUUCUAAAGAAACAAUUGAGCAAGAGAAGCAAGCGUCUGACUGAUAAUGAAACCAAUCACCUUGAUAUGCACUGUACAUUCCACAAGCAUUGCCUUCUUAUUUUUCUUCUUUUAGCUGUUUAACUUUGUAAGAAAUAACUAAGAUACAAAGAGGUUGGAAAAAGUUUACUGUGCUGCCCUGUUAAACAAACAGAAAAGUUAAAGAACUACUGAACACUGAAGGAAGGCGCUGGUUUUGGUUGCAUGAGAGACCUUGCACGAUGAAAGGCGAAUCGGAGUGGAACUACAGAAGUAGAGUAACAUGUGGUGAUGUGUUGAAAGGGAAGCUGCACCAAGGUCCGGCGAGCUGUAAAAUGCGGUCAAAUUGAGUGCCAUUUUAUUUGUUCAAAAUGAUUUGAAUUAUUGGAAUGCACAAUUUUUUUCAAUAUGCAAAUAAAAAGUAUAAAACA